AGCGGUUAGUAACCACGGUCGAGUGCACGUAUUUAUUCAGAACUCGCUCAAAAUGAUGUCGUUAUCUCAAUUAUGUAUUCUCUGUUUUGAAAGCAACUUAUAUCUCAGAGAAGAUAUUGUCAAUAUAAGGUUAGGUGUGCAAGAAGUGAAUAGAAAUCGGCAUUUAAAGGGUGCAUUUCAUGAUUUAUACGAAGAUUACAGGAGAAAUCCUGACAAAUUUUAUGAGUACACAAAAGUGAGCGUGAAUACAUUUGAUUACAUUUUGCAACACCUUGAUGCGCAUAUAACACAACAAAUCAGAUCCAAAAGGGUUGUCACUAAUCCAGAAAAAUUGUUUCUCACUUUGAGAUACCUUGCACAUGGACUAUCUUUCAAGUCACUGUCGCACUCAUAUCGUCUUGGUCGAAGUACAGUUGGAAACAUAAUUUAUCAAACACUAAACGUCAUAUGGAGAGCUUUAAGGCGUAUUCAUAUGCCGUCUGUGAAUCAAAGUAUUUUUAAAAAGAAAUCUGAUGAUUUUUUGAUGAAAUGGCAAUUCCCCAACUGUAUGGGAGCAAUAGGUGUAAAGAAUUUUCCUAUAGUGAAGUCCCCAAAUAUUGGUGGCGAGAGAAUGAAUAACAAGUAUUGUUCAUUGGUACUUCAAGCUAUCUCGGAUGCUGACUAUAAAUUUACUGUUAUCGAGGUUGUUGGAAGGGAAUGUAAAAGAGACGGUAAUAUUUUUCAUUUUUCUACAAGUCAAUUUAAAAAGGUGCUAGAAAGGCAACAAUACAUUAUACCUCCAGGUCAGAAGUUGCCUGGCUCCGAUCUCACAUUACCGCAUGUUUUGGUGGGAAACGCAGGUUAUCCACUAAAGACUUAUUUAAUGCGCCCUUAUCCAUCGUUGAAAUUGGAUAACGAAAGGAAAAUCUUCAAUGACAGAUUAUUUAGAGCCAGAGACACUAUUGAUGUCGCCUUCGGUGUUUUAACGAACAAAUGGCAUAUUUUUAAUAAAUCUCUGGAAACAAAUACAAAACAUGCAGUGUUGAUUAUAAAAGCCACAUGUCUGUUACAUAAUAUUGUUAUAGACAAAGACGGGAAUAAUGAUAAAGACUACAAAAACUGUAAUACUUUGUUAUCAAAUGCCAAAGACGAGAAAGUAAAUAAAUCGAAGCGGAAUAGCCGAUCUUCAUUUCAUGCAAUCGCUAUACGCGAUAAGUACAAAAAUUAUUUCGUCAAUAAUCCAAUAGAAACCUAAAUCUUGUUAAAUAAUGAUAUACCUAUACUAUGUACCAUGUGUUUAUGUUAAGUUAACGAUUGAAAUAAAAUUUACUAUUAUAUUCAGGAAAACUAGAAGUUCUAC